AUGGGUGCGGAGUUUCAGGGAAGAAAGAUCGCCGGCCAGAAGACACAAGAAUCGGCUGAGACCGCCAGAUUCUUCACCUUCUCUGCUUCUUCUUCCUCGCACGAAGUCGCGGCAGUGAAUGUUCAUCAUGCUGGUCAACCAAUGCCUGGUGAGGAGCAAGAAGAUAUAGUCAUAACCAGUACCCAGAAUAACCUAUUAAAUAUGAAGUGCCCUUUGACAGGAAAGCCUGUUACAGAAUUGCCAAAUCCUGUCCACUGCAGGAUGGACUGCAAGCAUAUUUAUGAGAAGGAACCAGUAAUCCACUAUAUAAGCACAAAGAAACCACAUCCUCGAUGCCCAGUUGCAGGUUGCCCAAAAAUUCUCCAAGUUGGACGGGUUGUAUGCGACGCCUUGCUUACAAUAGAAAUUGAUGAAAUGCUUUUGGCAUCAGCUACAAACAUAAAUUCAACAAUGGCAAUUUAUUGGUUAUGCCUGCUGGAGCAGGUUAGUAGGUAA